AUGGAGCCAUCCGCACAAAAGCUCCAGCUGACAGCAUCAUCUCCCACCAAUUUAUCCAACUUCUGCCAAGGCUCUGAAAUGCCAACUAUGUCAAGGCCUGCACUCGAUGUCAAGGGUGGCACCUCACCUGUGAAGGAGGAUGCCAACCCUGAGAUGAGCUCGCUGGCCUACUCUAACCUGGGCACAAAAGAUCGCAAAGCAGUGGCCAUCCUGCACUACCCUGGGGUAGCCUCGAACGGAAGCAAGGCCAGUGGGGCUCCCACUAGUUCCUCGGGAUCGCCAUCUCCAAUAGGCUCUCCUACUGCCACCCCUCCCACUAAACCCCCACCCUUCAACCUGCACCCCGCCCCACAUCUGCUGGCCAGUAUGCAGCUGCAGAAACUUAAUAGCCAGUAUCAUGGGAUGGCUGCCGCCGCCGCCGCCGCCGCCGCCGCCACCGCCACCGCCACUCCAGGCCAACCUGGGGAGGCAGGGCCCCUACAAAACUGGGGCUUUGGGGCUCAGGCGGGAGGGGCGGGAUCACUCUCUCCUUCUACCGGUGCCCAGAGCCCUGCUAUCAUCGACUCGGACCCCGUGGAUGAGGAGGUGCUGAUGUCGCUGGUGGUGGAACUGGGACUGGACCGAGCCAAUGAGCUUCCGGAGCUGUGGCUGGGGCAGAAUGAGUUUGACUUCACUGCGGACUUUCCAUCUGGCUGCUGAUGAUGCUCGCUCUCCCUAAAGAUGGAGGAACAAAGCCACCGAUUCUGUUGUAAAUAAAAAAUAAAAAUUGCUU